CAGUACAAACCCGAAGAAAUUGAAAUAGUCGACAAGUCCAUUAUAAUUUCAGCUUGUUUAUCCCUUUUUUUUUGAAAAAUUUAUUUUGUUUAUUUUCAGUUAUUUUCUACAAAAAAAAAAUAAUAACAAACACUCAGGGAAUUUAUCACCUGGAUGGGAGACGUUCAAACAAUGUCUCUGCCGGAUUUACCUGAAGAACUAGUUGAAAGACAACGGCAAGAGAAAAAAGAUCUAAAUGCUAAAAUUACAAAACUACGGUUUAGUGUUCCUAAAAAUGAUAAGAAAAAGAAGAAAGAGAUAAAUAGUCAAAUUGAAUUAAUGGAAGCAGAAUUGAAAGCAAAACAUGAACAAGAAAUAUUCGAUUGGCAACAACAACAAGAUCAGCUACAACAACAACAUUCUCCCGAACAAAAAGCUUUUUUAGAAUCAUCACAGAAUGAUAAAUCUGAUGAUAAUGAUAAUGAAGAAAAUAAUAGUUCCAUGGAAAAUUUAAAUAAACCAAAGAUAACAAAAUCACAACGUAGACGAGAAAACAAAGAACGUAAAGAUCGUGAACGACAAGAACGUAUCAAAGCUGGUCUAUUAGAUGAUAUUGAUAGUACGAGAUCGAUCGAAAUGAAAAAAAUUGAAAGUCUUUUAGAGGAAAGAAGCCUAAGCCUUUGUGAAAUACCAUCGGAUGGUGAUUGUAUGUAUAAAGCAAUCGAACAUCAGCUUCGUUUGACACGAAAUAUUGAUCAAACCGUUGAUGAGCUACGAUAUCAGGCUAGUGAAUACAUACGUCAAAAUAAAGAUGAUUUCCUGCCAUUCUUAUUGAAUGAUGAAAAUAGUGUAGUAACUGAUAAAGAAUUUGAAGUGUAUUGUGAUAAAAUAGCGAAUACAAAAACCUGGGGUGGUCAUCUAGAAUUGAAAGCCUUGUCAAAUACUCUUAAAGUGCCUAUCGAAAUUAUUCAAGCCGAAGGUACUCCAAUACAAAUCGGUUUCAGUGAAUUUGGUUCGAAAAAUCCUUUGAUUCUAUGCUACUUCCGGCAUGCCUAUCGUUUAGGUGAACAUUAUAAUAGUGUUAUGCCGAAUGGUGAAGUGCCCGAUGAUGAAGAAUGGCACAAUACUGAAUGACAUUUUUUUU